AGGGGGGGCGUCCCUACAAAGAGGGAACAGGGAGGAGAAACGGCAGACGAGGAUAGGGAGAGUGACUGAGAAGAUAGAGAGCAUCUGAGAGAGAGAGUUCGCAUGCAGGAUAGAGUGAUUAAACAGCAGACAGACAUUGGACAGCCUUUUUUUUGGACUUCCACCACAACUGCUACAGUGGACGAGAUGCUUAUGUGAGGAGAACAAGUGAUUGUGCAUAGUAAGCAAGAAGCUUUCUUCGUUUUUAUUGAUAAAGGCAGGAAUUGAUGAGCUGCUGCUGCUGAUCUUAGAGUGUCUCGUCAUGGAUGACUCUAGCGAACCUACUGAAUAGAUCUCAGCGCUGCAUCAUGGUUCAGCAAAGGACCCAUAAAUACUCAUCAGUCAUGGAUGGCAAUUCUACCAGAGAGGUCUUUGUGGGACUGGCGGCAGAGGAUGAUGCUGAGGUGUUUGGACAUGUACCUUCUAACAAAGACCCCAACUGGUGCAAAACUCCAACUGGGCACAUCAAGAGACCAAUGAACGCUUUCAUGGUCUGGUCCCAGAUUGAGAGACGGAAGAUCAUGGAGCAGUGGCCUGACAUGCACAAUGCUGAGAUUUCAAAGCGCCUCGGAAAGCGCUGGAAACUACUGCCUGAUUAUGAGAAGAUACCCUUCAUCAAAGAGGCUGAAAGGUUGCGUCUAAAGCACAUGGCUGACUAUCCUGACUACAAGUACCGGCCCAGGAAGAAGAGCAAGAUCUCAACCCGUGUGAAACUUGGAGAGAAGUUGCCUACGAAAUCCAGCAAGCCCCAUUCAGGAAGAUCUACUGGGCUGUCCUGCAAAGGGCUAAAGAUCAAACCCACUUCUACCAAGCCUAAAAUGAACUUUACUGGCAAUAGAUAUAAAAGCUACAGCGAGAGCAUGAGCGAUGAUGACAUGAUGGAUGUAAACUUAGAAAGUCCAGUGACUCUGCAAGACGAUCACAACCCGUCAGGUCACUUUGUCCUUCACCAGCAGGCUACCAUUCCCUCUGAGAACCAGCAACCAGUUCCUGAGCUCAGAGUGAAAGUGCCCAUCUCUCAGACCAGCAGCAUCCAGAGUGUCUCCUCGGACAAUGAGUGCCAUGCUCUCCCAGAGUCCACCACGAGUGAACCACGAGGGUCAACAUCUGGAAGAUCCUCCACACCAACCUCAACCAGCUCCUCCUCUUUGGUGUCCUCAGCAUGUUCAGAUGAGGAACUGGAUGAGGAACUCUUGCAUAUCAUUUCUAACAGUAUGCCUAUGGACUGCUCCGCUCUGGACAAAGACUUCGAAGCGUUUAAUGCUAACUCAGGAUCCCAUUUUGACUUCCCAGAUUACUGCACUCCAGAGGUGAAUGAAAUGAUUUCUGGGGACUUGCUCGUGCCCAGCAUCUCAGACCUAGUGUUCACCUACUAAAGUUGAGUCCUCUGUAAUGUGGCCAGGCCUGCAUAGCUGCCAAUUUGAAAAUAUUUUGUUCAUGUUGUACUUGGACAAUUCCGUUUUCCAUGUGUUUAUUUUUCUCAAUGAAUUCCGUAAGUGCUAUUGCUUUUCUUUCCAAGCAUGUCACAUCUUGUUGGUUUAGCUAAAAGACACACAGGGCUUUGCAGAGCUGUUCAGGACAGCAAGACAUUCAGACUUCAGGUGUAAUUCUUAGACGCAUAACAUUUUUUACUAUAUCUCGAUAAAUGUCUUAAACUAACUGCUAAUGUCUCCAGAGGCAAAGAUUUGUAUCUAUUUACCCAAAAAUUAAAAAUCUGUUAUCAUUUACUCACCUACAUGACUUACUUCAUUCACGAAACACAAAAGAAGGUACUUUGAAGAAUGUGUCAGCUGUUUUUCUCCAUAGGUCAACCACAUUUUUCAAAAUAUCUGUCCACCGAAGCCAGAAUGUCAUGAGGGUGAGGAAAUGACAACAAUUUUUGGGUGAGAAAGCCCUUUAUUAUACAGCACUGUCAUUUUCAUGACUGCUCAUAAUGUAAACGCUUAAUCAAGAUUCAUUCAAAUAUGAUUUCCCCCGUAAGUUUCAAUGUGCAUAAAUAUAGAGGACUGCUGACAGUGCAUUAAUAUUCUGAAACACUGAAGUAAAAAUGAUGAAAUGGAAAAGAUGAGAGAAACCAUUUAUUAAAACGUGCAGCACUUACUGUAAAGCAUCAGUAACCUUGCAGAUAAAAUCACUGCAGGCACAUAAUUCAUAUCAUAUUCUUUAAUUAGGUAAUAGCACUCUCAUCACCUUGCCAUUGCUGCAGAAGUUAAGACACACAUGUGAUUUAAAGGCAGCUCUGCAUUGGCCCUGCGUGCAGGUGUGUGUGUGUGUGUGUCAAUGUGUGCCUGAACUGUUUGGACUGUGGACAAAAGGGGGUUAAGGUUAGGGUUUAGGGGGGUUGGGAUUGGUUCUUUCAGGGAACUGUGCAUCUGUCCAUGCAGGCAGCAGCUUUUAUGCAGGGGUCGGACUCUGCGCUUGCCGAGUGUCUGCUGGGGUGGGGAGGCGUGUGAGGGGGGGCUCCCGCACUGGUUCUCUGAAAUGCAUGUCAUGUCUACAGUCUGGCUGCAGCUGCCCCGAUCAGGGCGAGAAAUCUGUGUCUGCCAGCUGGCCCCCAUUGACUCUCUCAGGGAUCGUUUGUCUAGGUCCUAGUGCCUCCCGUAGGUAAUUCAUCUGUGAUGAUCUGUGUGUGUGUGAGCGUCUCUUUCUCUCCCGGAAAAACCAAUCGAAGCCAACCGAAGUGACAGAAUGCCCCGAUUUCUCAAAACAGGAUCUGUCCGGUUUUUUUUUACCCACAUGCUCUUAUUAAUUUCAGUUCAGUUGGCACCCGAGAGACCGGCAUUAUUUACCUCCCACCAACAGUUGUCAGAAAAGGGACAACAAACCCUGCAGUUCAUAUCUUACAUAAACUGUUAAUCCUCGUCGAUUCGCAACAUCCUGUGAAGAAGCAGCAGCAUGCUGUGCUAAGCGAAGAAACACAAAAGGAAAGGGACCUGCUGUGUAUUUGCUCUUGGUUUAACCUCAUUGUUUGGACUGCAUAAUGACUACUUUUGUCUCACUGACCACAGAGGCGUAAACAGUCUCCAUCGUGUUGUGUUUCCUUUCCUUAUUGUAGGAAAGAGUUGACUGAACUAGUUCUGUAUGAUCAGUAUUUUUUUCUAAUCCAUGAUAGUUUGCAAAAAUCGUAGUUUUGCCAAGUGGUUUUUAGAAUGACGCCACACUCAGUGCUCAAACUACACAUGCAAUUCAGGUAUUUGUGUUUCAAGUAAAAGGGAAUGGCGUUAAACAUGAGGACCGAUAGGGAAGAUGGAUGUGGUUUGUGAUACGAGGCCUUCAUUCAUAAAACACAAAAAUAUGAGGAUUUUCAAUGUGUAAAACAUUGCUUCAACAUUUAUGUAUAGCUCAGAAAGAUUUAGUGCUUUAAAACUGAAAUGUUGGCAUUUUAAAUGCUCAAAAUUGUAGAAACUGUAGUAAUAACGCAAUUUACUGGAAACAUUUGUUUCAUUAUAAGUGAGGCAAUGGAUGGCAUCAAUUUCAUAAUACGGUCAUUUGUAUUAUGAAAAUCCAAAAUCAAGUUUGCAUGUGUUAUAAAUAAGGACUUGUGAAUAGGUAAACAAAAGGCUUGGGCCUUCAACAAUCAUCAGGGAAAUUAUUUCAGGAAUCGACACGUUCACUAUUUUAGCAGAUUCUGUGCUACUGGAAUUGUGAAACAGCUCACCGAACCUGAAGUUCACACACAGGAAUGAGUCUUUGCAUUAAGAUGUAUGUCAAUCAAAUCUGUCUCCAUCUAGAUAUGUAUCAGGUCACACACCGAACCAAUACAGUACCAAACACCAGCAGUCAAUUAAAUGGACUCAGGACUAAAAACAUCAGCCCACUGUGGAUCUGCUUUGAUUCAGCCAUUACUAAGAUGCACUCCGUUUGGCCAUUGUAUGUCAUUGUAGAUGAUCUGCAAAAGAACUGUAUGUAGCAUCAAAGGUCAAACUGCAAAGUUGUACCUUUUUAAAUAUUAAAUAUUUUAAAAAGCCACAGUACUUUUGGGUGCAUUUUUCAACUGUAAAUAAAACAUCUAUUUAAAUGUCUCUUACAUUUACAAUUUGCCAGUAUAUAUGUUUUUAUUUUCUCAUUUUCUAAUUGUUUGUUUUUAUUUCAUAGACUUAGAAUUCUGACGGUCAUUUAUUUAUUUGAUAUUUUACUAAGAGCGCCAGAAAAUAGAAACGACACAUCACAGAUGGGCUCAGGCAAAUUAGUGUCAAAGUGAUAAAUGCAGAAAGCUGCAUAUAACUGAAGCAGUGUAAAAAUACCCAUCUGGUCAGCACCUCCUACUUCUGGGCUGGCGAUUAAUGAACAGCAUUCUGUGGGAUAGAAAACCAAGGACAAUGCUAAUUUCACACAGGCCAGACUCAGCUUUGCUAAACCUGUCAUAUGCGAAGCAUGCGCUUCCUCAUUUCCAUGUCUGUCGGAAAGCUGCUGCCAAAAUCAGUGAUUGUCACUAAAGGAGUCUUAUUACAUAAAAUGGACCAGUCUUCCCUUUCAGAACUGAAGAAUUUUCAUAGCACUAAGCUGAUCUAUCACAGAAGACUUCACAAACCAACACAGUGGUUUGUACAAACACAACAAAACCAAGCUCAUGACCUAAUACUUGACAAAGCAACACUGUUUUUGGGCCCAGAACUCAUCUAUAUCUCAGCAUGGUGCUGUUUCAGCUAUUACAGUCUGUACUGUUAGGUAAGAAAUCUUAUGCCGGAUUCCCUGUGAUCGGCUUUGAAUGUGACAAUGAUAUAAAACGCUUAUGAAACAAACAACAUUAGGAGUCAUCAGCUAAAGCAUUCUUCAGAAUCAGUAAGUGUCCAAACUAUGACCAUGUUGCCUCAAAUGCAUUGUUUUACAAUUUUUCAUAGUUAGAUGCCCAAUUCUGUGAUAUUUUUCAAAUGAAAUAAUAUAAGGUUCAUAUUUUCCACUAGUUUUUAUAAUUAUUAUUUUAAUUUUAAUUCCUAAUGCAAUCAAAAGUUGACUUCUGAAGUUUAAUCUACAGUGUAUGUCAUUUGAAACCUUGUGGUCUGAAUCUUUCAGUUCCAAUCACUGUUAUCCAGUAUUAUCUGACUGUCAUCCAGGUCUAUCAACGUCAUGCUGUACAUGAUUACACUGAGGCAAAAAUAUUUUGUUUCCUUUACAUGAAUGACUGCAUCAUCUGUCUGAUCUGAUCAGCAAACAUUGUGUCCGCUGUGUCAAACAGAGGCAUAAAGUAUAAACUUUAAGCUGUAUAAAAAUUGUUUAAUACAUGCAGAAGAGAUGUUGACAUGGUUGUAUUGGUGCUAUAUUGAUGUUCUUAAAAGAAGAGUUAAUCCCAAAAUACCCUCAGACUUAAACAUGUAUGACUUUUUAAACACAAAAGGAGUUUUUUUCUUUUCUUUUUUUUCAGAUUGUCCAAGCUUAUCUUUUCCAAUACAAUGAAAGUGAAUAGUGACCAUGGCGGUCAAGCAAGACUUCCAGUAAAUAAUGGUUUAAGUUUUACAAAAAUUUCUGCUUCUCACAAAAAGUUACCAUGUGGCUUACUUUUAAGCUGUAUAAACUAAUUUUGUGCUGUUUUUUUUUUUUUUCAUUCUUUUUGGAGCUUGGCAGACCCUUGUUUACUUUCAUUGUGUGUACUAGAGUUUCUUCAAAACUUCUUCUUUUGUGUUUCAUAGAAGAAAGUAUGUCAUAUGGGUUUGGGACAAGAUGAGGGUGAGUAAAUGUUGAGAGAAUGUUCAGUUUGGCUGAACUGUUUCUUUAGAAACUGUUAGAAAAAGAUCUUUCUGCACAACUUUCUUUAGGCUUGUGUGUAAUAGAUUGUGGUGGUUUUCAUUCAUUCGUUCUCCUCACCGCACUGCAAUAAAAAAGGAAAAAUGACAACAACUUUGUGCACAAAACCUUACAAUGGACAGGAAUCUUCUACAUGUUAGCUCAACAGAGUUUCGGACAAUUAGCAUUGCUUAACUCAUGUGUAUGUCUGCUUCCGUAGUGUGCUGUAGUAUCAUACAGCAGGUACUGAGCACAAAUAGAAAUGAAAGCACUUUUGUGUACAUACAUAAUGAUGGCAGCAGCGCAGUUUGUCAUUUUGAUGGACUUAUCAGUGUAAUGACACCCUCAUCAAUAAACUGCUUUAUUGAUGACACAUGA